CGCAUUUUAUUCGCGCUUCUUCUGUACACCAAAGAAAACCAAAAAGUCAUUUUCAAUCGCAUGAAACCCAUUGUUAUUGAACUCGGUUUGUUUUCCAAUUUGUUUAGCCCCGAUUCCGCCGCCCGUUGUGUGUUUGUGACGAAUGAAAAAUCAAGUGAAACGCAUCAUAUGCUAUAGCAAACUGCUGCUCUAUUUGGCGCCCAAAAACGGAAGGAUACUCGUGGCUUAAACCCUCAGCUCUAGAAGGACAUUAACACCAGGAAGUGGACCAAUUUUUGACCGAAACCCGAAAUCGAACACAACAAUCAACUCUACUCACCGACCUUUCUAGUCUUCUACAUACCCGUUUACACCCGGAGAGGAACCUUUUGUACCGACCCCUUUUUGGACAAACAUAUCGCUAGCUAGAGAAGGACCAGUGGGAGCAGUGCCCCAGUCCCGGACCCAACCCCCCGUCCUGCCCCCGAGACAGGAUCAGACGUACCCCGAUAACUCCCAGCGGACCAGACCGUGCCCCGUGGCAAAGAAUCCAAGACGGCGCCACUUAAACCACAAGCCUACAAAAUUGGCCGAAUGUUAUGUUGUGGCUUCUGCUGUGGCAACAUGUCGAAACGGGAUUACAAAGUGGCCACCACCGAUGGCAUCGAGCUGGAGCCGUUGGGCGGCGAAAAGUGCGAGAAGGAUAAGGACAAGGACAAGGAAAAGCAGACGAACGGCGUCACUUUCGGUGGCGAAUCGAGCGGCGGACGGCAGACGCGCACCGGAGUGGCCGUCUGCUCACAGCGCCGAGCGCUCCUCGUGGCCGGCAUCGUGCUCGGCUCGCUGCUGCUGACGGCCAUCAUCAUCGCCUACGCCGGACCACAGAACGACUGCUCCUGCGGAUCGAAAACGGUGUCCGGCUACGAAACGGAUGAAGAGAACAACACGCAGCCCUUCAACCCGAUCGCCACCAACGGGGAGCCCUUUCCCUGGCUGGAGAAGAUGCUGCCCACCAGCGCGCGGCCCCUGCGCUACAUGGUUACCAUCCACCCCAACCUGACCACACUGGAUGUGAAGGGCCAAGUCACCAUCGACUUGCACGUGGAGAAGGAGACCAACUUCAUUGUGCUGCACAUCCAGGACCUCAACGUCACCGAGAAGGCCAUCGUAACGCCGGGGCCCAAGGGCUACGCCCUCAAGAUUGUCAAGGUGCUGGAGUUCCCGCCCCGCCAGCAGCUCUACAUCGAGGUGAAGGAGAAGCUCAAGAAGAAGUCCAAUUACACCCUCAACCUGCGCUGGUACUCCAAGCUCAAUCCGGAGCCCGAGGGCUUCUAUGUGGACCAGUACGAGAGCUCCAACGGCGUGGAAAGAUUACUCGCUGCCACAGUUUUCCGGCCGAAUGGUGCAAGACGAGCCUUCCCCUGCUUCGAUGAGCCGCACGUUCGAGCGCCAUUCCGCAUCUCCGUGUUUAGGGAUCGCUUCCACAUCGGCCUAUCCAACUCCAUAGUGCACACCACCGAGGACGUCGGCUUCUACAUGGGCACGGGAUUGCUCCGCGAUGACUUCAUUGAGACCCCUCCCCUGCCUGCCGAUGCGGUGGCCUGGGUGGUGAGCGACUUCCAGCGCGAAUCCCUGCAGCCCUCGGCGGCAUAUAUCCCCACGACACCAGCGCCCCCGGGAUCCGGAGCGGGUGGCAAGAAGUCCGCCCAGCUAAAUAAUUACACCCAGCUUAAGGGGAAAAACCCGCCGGUACGAAACAUCACUGCCCUGACUCACUCCUUGAAUGUCAACCUGACGCCGCGCCAGAACCUGACUGUGGCCCAACCCACGACGACGACCGCCUGGCCAGUGAACCUCAAUGGGAAUGGGAAGCCAACGAAUCUCACAUCACUUUCGCAGUCCACGGGAUCGUCGAUAAAGAGGGCUCCCUCGUACACCUUCUACGCACCCAGGGAUCUGCUGGUUCGCUCUUCCUUUAUCCUGCACACCUCGAGGGAUGUCCUGGAGUAUCUGCAGACCUGGUUGGACAUCAGCUAUCCGCUUACGAAAGUGGACUUUGUGGCGUUGCCUUCCCUGGAUCGCAAUAUGAUUUCCUCGCUGGGAUUGGUCACCUUGAAGACCUCAUUCCUGACGGAUCCGAAUUCGAUUACCUCAGAACAGUAUCAGUUUAGUGCUUUGCGAAUUGCCGAGGCAAUGGUCAGGCAGUUCUUUGGAGGCAUCACCUCCCGCAAGGUGCUCAAGGAUGUGUGGCUGUGGGAGGGAUUGAUCCAGUACUUGGGCAUCCAUGCCCUUGCCCCGCUGCAGGAGAGCUGGCCCCUGAGGGAGAUGUACCUGUUGAAGAUGGCCACAGCAGCGUUGGACAUUGAUGCCAUCCAAGGAUGGGAUAGCAUUAUGAAUGGCACCAGUCACGAUGGCAACAAUGAGGAGUUCUUCGUACAGAAGACGGCCGCCAUAUUCUCCAUGUUGCACACGGCCAUCGGUGAGGAUCGCUUCAGGGGUUGCCUCGGCUCCUUCCUCAAGGUGAAUCGAUUCAGGACCGCCGAGCCAACGGAUCUGUGGACCAUUUGCACGAAGAAGGCCAAUGGCUCGAAGAAUAUCAAGGACAUGAUGACUCUGUGGACGCACCAGCCGGGUUUCCCGCUUCUCACGGUCACCAAAAUGGGCAACAGCAUCUCCAUCUCGCAGAGGCCUUUCCGACCAGCCGAAUUUCUGGCUAUUCAUGAUGACUCCUACGAUGGGAAUAACUACAAUAGGACGGCUCUGAACGCCACGGAUAUGCCGAGCACAGUGCCACCCACAACACAGGGCAGCAAACACAAGGCAGCCCCUCACAUGAAGUGGAUCUUCCCGGUCACCUAUGUGACAGAUAUCAACAACGUCAGUGAAACCCUGUGGAUGCAGAACGUGGAUGUAACCUUUAAUGUGCCGGAGAACGUCAAAUGGAUCAAAGUGAAUGCCAUUCAGAACGGUUACUAUCGAGUGGUGUACAACGACGACAAUUGGGCGAGUCUCAUCGAAGAGUUGGCCACCAAUCCCAAACGAUUCACCAGCGAGGAUCGCUUGGGUCUGUUGUCGGAUGCCUUUACGCUCUGUCACGCAAAUCUGCUGCCCUGCGAGAUCACCAUGAACAUGAUCCAAUAUCUGCCCAGUGAGACCCACUAUGGGCCUAUGGCCCUGGCUUUGAGGCAUUUGGAGAAGUGGAGACGCAUCCUGAAGUACUCGGAGUGCUUCCUCAUGCUCAGCGAGUUCAUCAAGAUAAAGAUCUCCACGGUAAUGGAAAAGGUGGGCUGGUCGGAUGACGGUGAUGUGGCCACCAGAUUACUGCGUCCCGAGGUUCUUCUGGCAUCGGUUCUGUGGGAGGAUAUCGAUAGCAUAACCAAGGCAAAGAACAUGCUGAAUCAGUAUCUGUACUACAAUGGUUCCGCCAUUCAACCUAAUCUUAGAGAGGUGGUCUAUACCGGCUCCAUUCUGUCUGGGGAGUACAUUUACUGGCAGCACUGCUGGGAGCGGUUCGUCAACCUGCCGCGCACCUCUGAGACGUUUGUGGAGCGGAUGCAGUUGCUCCGAGCCCUGGGCAGGACCAAGGACGCCUGGCUGCAGAAUCGCCUGCUCUCGCACGUGACAAUGCUGCCCACCGAGGAGGUGGUGCAGGUGCUCAAGGCCAUCGCCGGCACGCCGACAGGCGGAGCCAUGGCCUGUCGCUUCCUGCAGGCCAAGUGGUUCGAGCUGGAGAAGCGCCUAGGCCCGGGAACGAUCAGUUUCGCCAAGGUCAUAUCGGCCAUCACCCAGUAUGGGGCCACCAAGUUCGACUACGAUGAGCUCAAAUCACUGGUUCAUCGCUUCGGCCGAGGUCACGGGAUGUCGGUGCUGAACAUGACCCUGAGCAGCGUGGCCUCCAACGUGGAGUGGGUGGCCCGGUCGCAGACGUCGCUCUACAAGUGGGUGGAGGGCAACCUGCACUCGCACCGAUAGAGGAGAUCCCCACAGUUCUCUCCUAAGACUCAGACUCAUUUGUAAUUAUGUUCCUCUCAGACACGAAUCUUAAGUGAGCUUUGAUUUCGCCAAGUUAACUACACCGUGGAUCUACACACUCUUUACCAUAUCAUUGCCAGUUCGAUCGAUCUCCUUGGUUCUCUCCGUAGCUGUUCCAUAAUUUUAGUACCCAAGGUUAACCCACUCAACUGUAAAUUACGAUUGCUAUGAUCAAGCAGCUCUUAUAUAUGUGUAUAUCUAUCCAGGUGGAGAAGCCCUUUUCUAGCACAUGCGAAUGUGUAUAUCUACAACUGAACAUAAGGAUCUAUCUAUAUAUGUAUAUUGUAUAUGUAUGUAUAUUUUACAAAGCAAACAUAUUUAGAGCAAUGGAUAAUUGUAGAUUGUAAGCGAAGAACAAAGAACAACAUAUUUUUUCAUAAAACCAAAACGAAGUGAAGCAAAAGAAGCCCCAGAAUCGAUAAACCAAAUCGCUAAUGAAUGCAUUCUAGUAAUUGUAUAGCAUAUGUAUAUUAGAAUUAGUGAGCAGUGUGCUCGUGUGUGUCUCCGUGUAUGUGCGCAUCGAAAUAUCACAGAAAUCUUCCUUUUGUCCCGAAAAGAUUAAGUACGUAAUUACGAAGUUACCAUGUAUACCCUACGCCGCCUGACCCAAGCCGAAGAUUUGAAAAGUAUUUUAUAAUCAGUGUUAGCUUCCAACCUGAAAAUAAUACCCAUACCAACAGAAGCCUGUCCGUAUUGUCCGUAAGUAGCUGAUUAUUAUUUUCAAAUUUCACAAGCUAUUAGGGUGAUAACUUUUCGUUAAAAUUACGCAUAAAUAUAAAAUCAAAAUCAGUUGAGGAACAAGUUUUAAUUAGAAAGAUACGUUCAGCUAAUUAAAAUAUUCCCAUCGAGCAGGUAUACGUAUUUAAUCAGCAACGUUCGUCGCCAACCCAAUUAGCUUAAAAUCUGUUAACGAUAUGAUAUGGCUGCCAUAGUAAUUAACUAUCUUAAGCCAAUGUGUAGGCUUCUAUUAAAAAAUUGUAGAAGAAAUCGGCGCAGAAUACCAAUCAAUGUAAAGUUAUACCUUUCUUUCGCGCUCCAGUGUGGCCUGAGGUCAGGCAGGCAGAUAACUUAGGAAAUCGAGAUACGAAAUAACAAGUAGACACCCCAUAUGUACAUACAUGGCAUACAUGCUUUAGUGGGCCAGAACCCGGAAUAUUCAACACUUUUUAUUUCCGCACUUGCAUAAGACGCAGAAACUUAAUAUCAGAUUACAACGGUCCGAUUACUACGACUUGGGUCUAAUUAAAAACGUUUUACCAUGUGUUUUACCAUUUUACCAUAUCGCCGCUUAUCAUUUGUGAAGAUAGCCUGGUUUUAUGGCCCCAAGGUGUUUGUGCAAACCGAGGGAAUCCGUCGUCUUUUGCCACUUAAACUGCGGUUCCGAUGGCACGCCGGUUUUGUCAUUAUAACCCAUAGAAACGUGUAUAAGUUGUGCCAUUGGCAGCGCCCCGCGAUAAGAAAUGCCAUGCGACUAGAUUAGCUUGGGAUGGGGCAGUGAAGUAUUUUGGGGCACUCUUCAAGGGGGUACUAAAUACAGAUAUACUAAAAAAUGAGAAAUGAGAAAACAAAACCUACACCUCGUACUCCAAAUGGUUAACAAUCCCCCUUAGCCACGCCUGAGGUAUCUCCAUCCGAAAAUGGUCGAGCGAAUUCCGAGUUAAACCUUCAACCGUGUUCGACUAUGCUAAUUUGUAAAUGUGUAUUUGCAUCCAACCAUCUGAGAUCUUUGAUUUCGUUUUGGGAAGAAUGGGUUGACUUUAUUGAUGAAAACGACUUGCUUGGCUAAGACACACUAAGACUAACUCAAUGAUACUCGAAGUCAAUCGCCCAGAUACCCGAAAUAUAUUCCAAAAAUAAAGAAACACAGACACAGAGGUAGAGAUAGAGAGGGAAGUACCAGUUAAACCAAAAACAACUUUAUUAGCGACAAAGUUAGAUCACAGAGAAAACACAAAAACAAGUUUUGGAGCGAUUUUACGUAUUUUCGACAAAUGUAUAAGCCAAACAAGCGACUAAAAAUGAAAAAGGAAAACAAACCGAAAUAGAGAAUAUACAAAGGAACACAAAAUACGAAAGAUACUCAAGGCCCAGAGGCCCAGAACAAAAACUGGGGAAGAUUUAGAAAGUUUUACAGAUCAACAGACAGAGAAGAAUUUGCUUGGUUCCGACUGCAUUUGAUUUAUUGUUAACCCAUUCAUCGUCUAAUUGUAUUGUACAAUGCAUAUCCGUCCACAGCUUUGAUUGACUUACCACCUUUGGGUUCCGUUCAGUUCAUCAAAAACCACACAAGACCCAUCCUCAAGCCCUUCCCAGCCUCCGCACCCGCUUUGUCCUGGAGUUGAAGAAUGGCCUUUUCUUAAUUCACGGAUCAAAUACGAAUUCUAGUUAAUUUUAUUAGACGAAAUUUUUUUGCAAUUGGCAUUAAUUCGUAAGAAAUUAUUAAUUAUGCAUUGGCUAUCAGGUUUUAUAUAGAAAUUCGCGUAGGGAAAAUACAAAGUGUAUCUAGGAAGCAAAUGGAAAGCAGGCAGAGCAACUCUAAAGACGUAAAUCUAAUUGUAUGCUAAUGAUAUACACACAUCUAUAUAUAAAUAUAUAUUUACAUAAUUUAAUUUAAGUCAAAUGGGAAUAUUAAUAAAAGCGAUAACUAAUCUGUAA